UAUCGAUAUCGGAGAACACAGCGACAACCCUAGAAAGCAUUCCACUGCGUUUGUUGAUUUUUUUUUUGCAAGCGUCGCAUUAUCAUCUAUUUCUAAAAACCCAAAUUGGUUAUCUUCAUCGGAUUGCAAGUGCGAACAAAGGAACUCGACUCCUCACACACGCGCACACCUACACCCAUACACACUCACCGCCCGCACACGCACAGCACACAGGGGCAGAGCGAACGAGCGAGCGAGAGAGAGGCAGAGGUCGCAGAGCGAGAGGGAGCACAAUGGGACGCAUUUUUCUGGAGCAUCUCGGGGGCCUCAAGCUCUUCAAUUGCGCCCAGUGUCACACGAACCUGACCAAUCGCAGCCAGCUGAUCAGCACACGCUUCACAGGCGCCACGGGACGCGCCUAUUUGUUUAAGCGCGUGGUAAACCUGACCUUCAGCAACAUCCAGGAGCGGGUGAUGCUCACAGGCCGCCACAUGGUGCGCGAUGUCAUGUGCAAAAACUGCGGCGCCAAACUGGGCUGGAUGUACGAGUUCGCCACGGAGGAGUCGCAAAAGUACAAGGAAGGUCGCGUGAUCCUUGAAUACGCCCUGGUCACAGAGGCUGAGGGCUUUCAGUCAGAGGCCGCCACCACGAGUCAUUGAAAGGACAAACCCAUCCAGCGAAUGAAAGAACCACGCAUCGGCGAACCGUCUAACCGUGUGUAGCCCUAAGUAUUGAGUAGCAAGCCACAGGCGAUGGCUUCUGCGCAUUAAACCUUAGUUUAGAGAUCGCCGUAGUCAGUUCCGGGGUCCGGUUUCCGGUUGCCCGGUUUACGGAACGGAGGACUUGCUUACGGCCCUGUCUUAACGUUACUUAAACGUAGUUGUAGGCAUAACUAAGUAGCACGUAAGCAGCUGCGGCACCCCCGAUUCUAUCAUAAACUGUCCAUGAGGCUGAAACGCUAAAAAGAACGAAACAAGAAUAGGAAGAAGACCCUGUUCCAGUUCGCUUUCUGAUCACACUUGUGUCUUUCAAACAAGAUCUCUAGACCGUAAUCAAUCACCAAUCAAUCAGCAAUAAAGUACCACAAUUAUCGAAUAGCAA